UUAUAGGCUUGGUCGACACACACCAGGAAGCAAAAAACAAACAUGGGGUGGUUCUUUGGUGAGAGGAGAGGACCCCAAUGGAAGCAAGGGUGGAUGGAGCGGGUCUUGUGCUCCAGCUCCCUCCCUCCUCCCUCUCUCGUCCUCAUCUUCGCGAUCGUGAUGCUCUUCCUCUCUAUCUCAUGGCAGAUAGACUACAGGACUCAGGUGCGCCGCGCCGAGGUCGGCUUUCGCCUCCUCCUCUUCAUUCUCCCCGUCGCGCUCAUCGUCGUGGCCAGUUUUGUGCUUUUGGAUAGGAGAUUCCUGUUCCGGCUACCGCGGCCCGAGCAGGAGUCGGCCCACCGGGCUGGCAGCUCGCCGUGGGGGGUGGCGGUGCUGGUGGUGCUGCUCUUGUUGAUGAUCUCCUAUCAGUCUACCUUCCACUCUCAGUGGUUCCGCCCAUUGUGGAGGGCGGAUUAGUAUUUUAGCCUGGUCAAGGGUACUGUACAGUUAUCAUCAUGCGCGUCUCCUAUCUUUAACUUAUAUACAUGUAUGUGUAUAUCUCCAAAAGUCCUGGUUUUGUAAUUAGAAAUAAAUCGUAUAUGGAGAUGUGCUGGAGUUUGUAUUUGUCACUUGGGCAUGCGAAUGAUCAUAGAUGUUAUGCUUUCAA